AUGGUUUUGAGACAGCGCCAGCGAGUUUCCCAGCGCGUGCCGAAGGCCUGUCAAGAGUGCACCCGUCGCAAGGUCCGCUGUGACAAGACAGUGCCGUGCUCCAGAUGCCGCCGACUAAAAAAGACAUGCUCACGCGAAGAUGUCUUGACUACAAAAGUAGCAGCACGGAAUGUCCGCACUGGAGACGAGGCUACGUUUUUGCGCCGGCUUCGGAGGAUUUUGGCCGACGAUGGCAGCACAGAAGAGGCGCAAGCUUUGGUCGAGAAGCGUCUCUAUGAAGUCGCCGAAGGAGCUGUCCAGGAUGCGUCAGGGGAAACUGAAGAGGCGGCGUUGAAAGAAGCUCCCCCAGACGCUUCACUGGCUGUGCGGACCUUGGAAUCGCUGGUUUGGUCGCGCCAGAGCACGUCGUGCUACCCUCAUCGCAGCGGGUGCCGCUGUGCACAGCAUCGAGGUGGACUUCUGUUGGUCGAAUUCCACAUCGAGCACUUGUGGUGGCAUCACAACGCGCUGCACGCGACUACAUUUCUCAAUCAGUGCAGCAUCUUUUGGGGUACCGGCCAAGUCACCCACCGAAUGUGGUUGGCACUCUAUUUGUCCAUCAUCAGUUCGACGUUGUGGACACUCGUGAAUAGCCGUACGCACCGCCGCCGGGUGAACAUAGAUUUCAACGAAAACGUAAUUGCCAAGCAGUUCAAAGAGCUUCUAAGAACAUUGUACACAGAAGACUUUAUGUCCGAUCCCUCCAUGUACUCGAUUCAGGCUAUUGCCAUAUCUACGAGAUAUGCGCAUAACAUCGGUUUCAGCGAUUCCAUCACAAACUUGCUUGCUUCAGCGGUCGGACUCGCUCAGGCCAUGGGGCUACACCGCAUCAAGAGUGGUGAAGCGGACGAUCAACAGUCAAUCGUCACUCCACACGAGCCAAUCGAGUUUGAGAAUGGAAAGAGGCUAUGGUGGCAGCUGGUUGUUCAGGAUUAUUUCGCCAUCCCGUUUACAGAAAGUUACUUGAUUAGUCGAAAGCACUUUACAACCCCGAUCCCGAUUAAUUGCAAUGAUGAUAUGCUAGAGCUGGCCGAAGAUAUCAUCACUUUGUAUAUUGUUUGGCUGCCGACCGCUCGUCGAACGCUAGCCAUCUCUGUUGCCGACAAGGUUGUCAUGCUGCAUCGCCCGUUUCUUCUACAGGCAUUUAGGACGUCGGCGCUCCCCGACGUAAAGCAGACCUGCCUUUCCGCGGCGGUGACUAUCCUUCUCGAGCAUGGGAAUGCAACUUCAACAUCCGAGGAAACGCCCUCUGUCUGGACACAGUCUGCCUUCUGCACUACUGCCACCGUCGUUCUCGGACUGGAGCUGCUCUACGGCCAGACGGGCCCUGAUUCCAAGCACGAUGGAUAUCUUACUAUCCUGAGAGAUGCGUCGGAGCGCUUGGAGAAGCGGCGCUGUGAUAUGAUGGCGAUAAAGUGUGGUAGGCUCAUACAUGCUUUUCUGGAAGCGCACGAUGAUCUCGCUGUGUCUGAGCAGCUCACCCCUGGGCGCGAGCGUGUACAUCUCGCGGACAACAUCAUCCGCGAUCACCGACUCAUGUCCCAGGUUGUCUCUGUGGAAGCUACAGAGGCUGAUCUCAAGUCCGACGGAUUAUCGUCGAAUUGGAUGCUCUACAACGAUAUCUCCCUGGGGCCGGAGCAGUUUGCUUUCGACUUUGAUGCUUGGUACAAUCAAAUAUUUACCUGA